AUGGAUGGUUUAAGCAAACGAAUCAUUGAACAUUGGAAGAAGCUCUGGGAAAUAUGGGAUGUCCGGGUAGUCAUCCUUGUUAGCCUCUUCUUGCAAAUCUUACUAAUCUUCUGUGCGCCUUUGAGAAAGCGAAUGUCAAGUGCUUUUGUAACCACGCCCUUGUGGUGGGCAUACUUGCUUGCAGACAUUACUGCUAACUUUGCAGUGGGACUCAUCUCCAAAAGCCAAUGGAGCACCUCUGGCUCUGAGACUUCUCCAGAUCUUCUGGCAUUUUGGGCACCCUUUCUCUUGUGUUGGGCUGUUAUCUAUGCAUUCGUUCAAUCAUAUCCCUUUAAAAAGCUUUGGCGCCCCACCAUGCUCAUGUUUUUUGCAGGCCUCAUCAAGUACACUGAGCGCACUCGGUCUCUCUAUCUCGCUAGCACGCGUAGAUUCAGAGACUCUCUGCUCACAGCACCUGAUCCUGGGCCUAACUAUGCCAAGCUCAUGGAUGAAUACACUUCAAAGAUCAAAGCAAAACUUCCCACAAGGAUAGAAAUGCUUCCAGAGCCUAAUCGGGUAAUCAAAACUGAAAGUGCUGGAGACAGAGACGACUUGUCCGAUUUGGAGGUGGUGCGACGUGCUUAUGGAUUUUUUGUAACUUUCAAGGGGCUGAUUGCCGAUCUGAUCUUCAGCUUCCGUGAACGCAGCCUGAGCCGAGACUUCUUCCUCAAGAGAACGGCAAGAGACGCCUUCAGAGUCGUGGAGGUAGAACUUAAUUUCAUCUAUGAUAUCCUCUACACAAAGGUGGUGGUGGUGCAAAGUUUCUGGGGAUACUUUUUUCGGUUUGCUUCAUUUAUGUUAACUUGUGCAGCCCUUUUGCUCUUCUGUUUUAUGAGAAAGAAGGAAUUUCAUAAUUUUGAUAUUGGAGUUACCUACACCUUGCUAAUCGGUGCCAUUGCCCUUGAUGCAACAGCUUUAGCAAUGGUCCUUUCCUCUGACUGGACUGCUGUGACCCUCACCGAGCCUGACUAUCCAUCCUGUUUCUUUAGGUUCCUUAUAUCGAUACUCAGGGUUAAAAGAAAUAGAUGGCCAGAAAAGCAAUGGAAGUCUAUGCAAAUGUUGCGCCGCAGGUGGUCUGAAUCGAUUUCUCAAUACAACUUGAUACAAUAUUGUCUGAACCCACGUAUGAAAUGGUGGGAAAAAUUUAUAGGCUGGUUUGGCCUUACCAACAUGCUGGAUGGGCUGAAAUAUGUGGAAACUGUCAGCUUCACCAAUGAAUUAAGAGACCAUAUCUUUGAGGAGUUGAAGAUGAAAUCUGAGAUGGCGGAUGAUUUAGAAACUGCCAAGGAGAUAUAUUCAGCCAGAGGUGAUUGGGUUCUUCGGUUUGAAAGUUGCAAUGACUUGCUCCCUUGGAUCAAUGAGGUCGAUUUUGAUGAGAGCCUUGUGUUGUGGCACAUAGCCACUGAACUCUGCUUGAAUGCUGAGGACUCAGGCAAUGCUGCUAAUGCUGAGGGUUUCAAUGCUAAGAACUCAGAAAAUGCUGCUCAAAACAAUGCUAAGAACUCAGGCAAUGCUGCUAAUGCUAAGGGUGUCAAUGCUAAGAAGUCAGAAAGUGCUGCUAAAAAGAAGGAUUACCGUGAAUUGUCUAAGCUCCUGUCUAAUUACAUGUUAUACCUUCUAAUCAUGCAGGCAACAAUGAUGUCCACUGUGGCAGGUAUUGGGCAAAUAAGAUUCCGAGACACCUGUGCUGAGGCCAAGAAAUUCUUUCGUGGAAGAAAAAUAAAGAAGGACAAGAAGAAUUUCUGUCUCUACAAGUGCUUCUGUGGCAGUGAAUCGGAACACAAGCAGCAAAAUCAAACCAGCCCAAAAGCCCCCACUGCCCAAGAGCAACGAGGAGAGGAAACGACAUGCUCAUGCUUGAAUAUCUUUUGCUGCUUUAAGAUAUGCUGUUGCAAAGGGGAUUCAGUACCAGAUAAAGUGCAGAAACAUGCCUGCAAUAGUAUCCUUGGUGUUGAUACAGCAGUAAAACCAGUUGCUGUUAAAGGAGAUAGAAGCAAAUCUGUGUUGUUUGAUGCAUCCAUGUUGGCCAAAGAGAUGAAUAAAUUAGGAGAGGAAAAAAAAUGGGAGAUAAUGAGCAAAGUUUGGGUCGAAUUGCUGUCCUAUGCAGCGUGUCGUUGCAGAGCCAUUACCCAUGCCUCACAACUCAGCAAAGGUGGGCAGCUCAUCACUUUGGUUUGGCUGUUGAUGGCUCAUUUUGGGUUAGGGAGUCAAUUUCAAAUAAGUGAAGGGCAUGCAAGGGCAAAGCUGAUUGUGAGGAAGUAA